AUUAGGGUGUUUCUUCGACCUUCCGCACUUAACCCACAGCGCUGCAGAAUGUUACAUUAACCCACUAAGCUCUAAGCUACGCAGGCCAGACGUAGAGCCACGGAUUUUAUUUCAGAAGUGAUUCUUCAAGGAAUAGCAAUGGAAGAAACAAUCAGUGAAGAGACACCGUGGAUCUGAAUUACAGUGACCACUAUGAAACUCUUGCAGCUGGCGGCUGGGUAAUUACAAUCAGAUCGGUGAAAGUCAAGAUUACUUGUGUUUACGCGCGAGUAUCCUCAUGUGAAACCUCUACGCCCGAUUAAAACUGUAGAAUAUAGAAUUAAAACUUUGUUCUUUUUGCCAACUGCAUUGGCUAAUAAUUAAAAGUAUGUAAAUAACUGCGGCUUGUAAUUGUUAUGUGGCUUCUCGUUAAAUUGAAACUUGUAAUAUUGAAUUAGCAUUUUGCGCCUUUUAAAAUUUUUACUUGAAGGCCAUAAUUGUAAUACAGUAGAACUGAAUAAAUAAAGAUGCAUUUAGACGCUUUUUGCAGUUUACCGAAUACAUAUGGUGACCUUAUUGCAGUUCUGGUGACGUAGCCCCGCCAAAGAGGAGUGGCUUCUGCCCAGUUCUGCCCUUUGAUUGGCUCGUCCCGCCUGUCGUGCUGCGGAGGUAUCUCUAAUCAUAUUCAACGUGUUUGCACAAGAAAUGUCAGCCUGAACUGGAUAUCUUCUGCUUUCGCCAAAUUACCCCACAACAAUGUCAUGCUCAGACAGCCCGGCUGCAAACUCCUUUUUAGUAGAUUCUCUGAUCAGCGUGGGUCGUGGCGGAGAAGGAACCUAUUAUCCCAACAACAGCGUAUACCUGCCGCCUGGUUCUGAUCUAUCAUACGGCAUCCAGAACUGUGGACUUUUCCCAUCUCUGAGCAAACGCAGUGAGAACAACUCUCAGAGUAUGGUCCUGACUUCUCAUCCCUACAUGAGCGGGAUGGAAGUCUGGUCAGAUCCUCCUAGAUCUUGUCGCAUGGAUCAACCUGCAACCCAGCAAGCAGCAUGUUCCUUCCCCCAGAAUAUCAAAGAAGAAAAUGCCUAUUGCUUAUAUGAUUCUGAGAAAUGUCCAAAAAGCGCGGCAUCAACAGAUCUUUCCACGUUUCCAAGGCUCACGUCAGAGUCGUGCUCCACUAGUGACACUACUACUAACGGCGGGGUUCCUGUGCCCGGCUAUUUCCGUCUGUCCCAAGCCUACCCGGCAUCCAAACAGACACUCUAUAACAACACUGGGCAGGUUGGGGCCUCUCCGUUCGUGCCUCAGUCCCAGAUCCGCUUUGGAACACCCCCUUCUUCAGCUUCGACCCCGAGUGAGUUGGGGAGGAAAGGAAGCGAAGGGACAUCCCCCGGCCAUUUAACUUGCGGUUCCGAAAGGGAAGAGGCAGAAGCUCCUGCUUCCUCAGCAAACGAGGAGUCUUCUCCAGUCCCCUCAGAGAGCAGCAAAAACUCUCCUGAAAAAGAAACAAAAGGGGAAGUGAAAGCUGAAAAUGGGGCUAACUGGCUGACUGCAAAGAGUGGCAGGAAAAAACGAUGCCCUUACACCAAACAUCAGACCCUGGAGCUGGAGAAAGAGUUUCUUUUCAACAUGUACCUGACUCGAGAGCGUCGCCUAGAGAUUAGCCGCAGUGUCCACCUGACUGACAGACAGGUCAAAAUCUGGUUUCAAAAUCGCAGAAUGAAACUCAAGAAAAUGAACCGUGAGAACAGGAUCCGAGAGCUCACAGCAAACUUCAGCUUUUCAUGAUAAACACAGACACUGGUUUGAAUAUUUUAGCCGGAGACACCGGGAAGUUAUGCUAGUGUUAAUAAAAGACUGAAACCUUUUCCACUUACCUCUGACGCC